UCGAUUGUUUGUUCUAUUGAUACAAUACGUACUAAUACAAUCAUCGGUGGCUCGGAAAGAAAAAAAGAGGGUCUAUCGAUUGGAGAAAAUUGUUGAAAUAUAUACAAUAUCAGUCUCCAGCUUUACUCCAUUCUCUCCAAACUUCCGAUUGUCGCAUUAAAUCAUACCGCCACUCUCCUUUUUGUGCUAUCCUCUCCCUCUCUCCCUCUCUCCCUCUCUCACCAAGUCUUUCUUUUAUUUCAAUUUGUGCAAUUGCUUUACUCAGGUAAAACAUAAAACAACAACAUUCCAAUUCACCUCAAAGGAAAAAUAGAAUCCAUUAAUUUGGCUUUCUCUUGAUCCCAUCUCCUCUAUCCAUCAUCCUUCGAAUAGCUUCACCAACCAAGACAACUGUCAACACCUCUACGACAAACGAUAAUUGCUUCCAUACGAGAAGAGACAUCUCGCUGAGAUUGAACCAUCAAUAUGGAUAUCGCUUUAGAACUUACCGAUAAAUACUUCUUCGAUCAUUUCUAUUCAGCCUUACUCCCUGCGAAAUCUACAUUGUUGAAUGCGAUUGGGGAACAAAUCAAUGGUACAACUCUCAAUGCGAAAACAGCUUCAACAUGGCAAUAUCAUCCUUCGAAUUCUUUUUUGCAAUUCGAACCUACCGAUGCUGCAUAUACAAGUCAAUGGGAUAGAGAUAAUAUCUAUCGACAAGCUUUCUCAUUGUUCUUAAUUACUUGGUAUGUUUAUUCCUUUCGACGGGAAUCCAAAAUGUCUAUUACAUAUCAAAUACUAACUGUUAAAUAGGAUCGCAGGUGCAGCCAUCUACUUUACAAUCUCUACUCUAUCCUACAUCUUCGUUUUCGACAAAACUACCUUUCAACAUCCUAAAUUCCUUAAAAAUCAAAUUCGCAUGGAAAUCUCCCAAGCUUGCAAUAGCAUGCCAUUAAUGUCUAUCCUCACCACACCCUUCUUCCUCGCAGAAGUAAGAGGUUACUCCAAACUUUACGACCUCACAUCUGAAGGGCCUGGUUCAUGGUAUAAUUGGUUUCAAUUCCCACUCUUCCUACUCUUCACCGAUUGCUUCGUCUACUUCAUCCAUCGAGGUCUUCAUCAUCCUUCCGUCUACAAAACUCUCCACAAACCACAUCAUAAAUGGAUUAUGCCAACUCCAUACGCCUCAAUUGCUUUCCAUCCCGUUGAUGGUUGGAUGCAAUCACUUCCUUACCACGUCUUCCCUUUCAUUUUCCCACUUCAGAAGUUCGCCUACUUGGGUCUUUUCUUCUUUGUUCAGGUCUGGACGGUUUUUAUUCAUGAUGGUGAAUAUGUAGCCAAUUCUCCUAUUCUUAAUGGAGCGGCUUGUCAUACUAUGCAUCAUCUUUAUUUUAACUAUAAUUAUGGUCAAUAUACAACAUUGUGGGAUCGUCUAGGAGGUAGUUACAGAAAACCUAACGAGGAACUUUUCAGAAGGGAAAGUAAGAUGGGUCAAAAAGAAUGGGAGAGACAAGUUGCGGAAAUGGAAAAACAAGUUUUAGAGGCUGAGGGAGUGGAUGAUAGAGUUUAUGAUACCGAGGAGAAGAAAAAGAAUUAGAUGAGGUACGAGGUAUGAGGAUGAUUAAUUUGGUGUAUUCUUGGAGAUGUUCUGGACGGUCAUUGGAUGGAGUUAAUUGAGUUGAGAUGGAGUGGGUUGUAUAUAUCGCAUGAAUGGAAUGGAAUGGUAUGGCACCGAAUGCAAAUUCAUGUCAGUUUGAAAAUGACGGGUGGCUUGAAAUGGAUUAAUACGAAGAUAGAUGGAUGUACAUGAUCUGCAUAUAGCGUUUACCUAUUUACUCACUUUGUAGUCUUACCUAUUACGAUCAUCACGGUGUAUA